CGAUCCGAUACCUAACCAAGCUGAGACAGAAUUCGAAAUAUAUAUACAUUCGCCGGGAUAACAAAAUGAAGCCGAUCAACGACAAGGAAGACAAGGUGGUGAUACGGGCGGUGAGCCACGACGAGGAAGGCCGGAAGCGGGUGGAGAAGACGGAGCUGUCCACCCACAACAUCGACACCAUCAAGCACGUCGAGAAGAAGCUGAGGGACAAAGGCGUCCACAGGAUGGACCGCCACCCGGUCGACGGCGUCGGGAUCAGGAACCCGCCUCCCAAGUCAGGCCACGGUGGUAAGUACACGUGGGAGGGCCCCGGCGACCUGGCGGAGAACGAGAUGGAGCCUGUCCCCGCCGCGAUCGACGAGAAGGAUCCCAACUAUGUGGAUGAGGAGGAGGAGGAGAGGAUUCUGAGAGGGGAGAGGAGCGACGUCGCCGGGAUUGUGGUCGGAGAGGUGGAGGUUGCCAAGGUUACCGAAGGCAGGGAAGGCGUCGCAAGGGUUGAAAUGGAUCCUAAGCUCGUUUGAUUUGAUGAUCAGUGGGAAUUUACUGUCAGGUUAAUUUUGCUGUUUCAUUUUUAGUUUUACUUUCAGUUGAUUUACUUGAAUCUGCGUGCCGUGGUAUAACUAUAAUAACAUGGAAGGUGGGUAACUAUGUAAUAAUUAACCGAUGAACGAGAAGUUUUAGAAGGUGUAGUUUCUUUUGACAAAUCGUUCUCAUUCUAUCGUCUCAGACUUUCUUUCGACGAAUCGUUUUCAUUAUCUCGUCUCAGCUAUCAUCAGGCCGAAAUGUCGUAACCCGGCCCACAACCUGAAAGGGUCCAGUUGUAUUAGAUAAUGCCAGGCCCAAUUUCAGUGCGCGAUUGACCGAUAAUGACAAAAAGAAAGAGAUAGGAAUCCA